AUGCAGAAGCACAUUCUUAAGCAGCAUGCUCUCCUGGAUCAGCGUGCAUCCGAGGGCUUCAGACAGGGCGAGCCUGUGGUGCUGAAACUCUUAUUCUCUCCCACUGCCCAAGUUUGUCCACUACCUCCAAUGGUGAGUCACAGAGAUUUCAUCUGCCACCCGCAGCCUUGUAAGUGCUACAACCAUGGAACCGUGGUGGAGUUUUACUGCGAUCCUGGCUACAGCCUCACCAGUGACUACAAGUACAUCACCUGCCAGUACGGAGAGUGGCUCCCUUCCUAUCAAGUCUACUGCAUCAAAUCAGAGCAAACAUGGCCCAGCACCCACGAGACCCUCCUGACCACAUGGAAGAUCAUGACAUUCACGGUGACCAGUGUGCUGCUGGUACUACUGCUCAUCAUCCUAGCAAGGAUGUUCCAGACCAAGUCCAAGGCCCACUUCCCCCCCAGGUCAGGGCCUCCCAGGAGUUUCAGCAGCGACCCUGACUUUGUGGUAGUGGACGGUGUGCCCGUCAUGCUCCCGUCCUAUGACGAGGCUGUGAGUGGUGGCUUGAGUGCCUUAGGCCCCGGGUAUCUGGCCUCUGUGGGCCAGGGAUGCCCCAUACCCAUGGAUGACCAGAGCCCCCCAGCAUACCCUGGCUCUGGGGACACGGAUACAGGACCAGGAGAGUCAGAAACCUGUGACAGCACAUCAGGCUCUUCCGAGCUGCUCCAGAGUCUAUAUUCACCUCCCAUGUGCCAAGGGGACACUCACCCCAGCUCCGACAACCCUGACACAAUUACUAGGACGGCAGGGGAGAUGGCAUCCACCAGCCCAGGCAUCAACAUUGCAGAUGAGAUUCCUCUAAUGGAAGAAGAUUCCUAA